ACUCCCCGAGAGCCAGGGGGCAUCCACUGUUUAUCUUGUGAAUCCGUCCCACUCCCAUACCCAUCAUCUCUUUGUCAAGUUUCCAGCAGCUACUCCUUCACUGCUGGUUUAGCUAUCAGUUUCUUGCAGGACAUCAACUGGAAUCCAACCAGUUUGUUUCUUUUUUCCAAUAAUAUGCCCAAUUCUUCCCCAAACAAUGCAUCCUCAUUUCUGGGGAAAGAGAAAACAUGGGAGACCAUGGGACGGCCUUCCUCCAUCUGCCUCUUUCUGAUCUUGGGCCUAUUUUCUGGCCUUUCCCUCGCUUCUGCUUUUGACGGGCCACCUUAUGAUUCCUCGGCAUACACGGAGUGUAAGCCGCAUGCGGAGGAGCCACUUUACAAUGGAGGGAUCCUGGAGGAUCAACAGCCAGAGUACACAUGGGUCAUAGGGGCCAAGGGGAAUCCAGUUUAUUCCCCUGCCUUUCGACUGCAAAACCUCGCCCAGGACACCUUUUAUUGUUUUUCCACUUGGGUCAAGAUAAACGAUGCCGGCUCAGUACUCAUAAGGGCCACCCUGGUUACAGAGACAACGACCCAAAAUUGUACCGGGACUGUUGUUGCCGAGCGUGGAUGCUGGUCAUUUCUCAAGGGCGGAUUCGUAUUGACCGCUCCGUCCAGUUCUUCAAUACUAUAUUUGCAGGCUUCAGAGGGCAGAGAUAUCAGUAUGGUGCUUUCCAGCUAUUCCUUGCAGCCAUUCACCGAGGAGCAGUGGAGAUUAAAUCAGCAGUACAAAAUUAACAAGGCAAGGAAGCGAGCAGUCACUAUUCAUGUUUCCAGCAAAGAUGGCGUUGAACUGGAAGGUGCAGAAAUAACAGUAACACAAGUAGCAAAAGAUUUCCCAUUUGGUUCAGCGAUAGCAAAGACCAUCAUCGGGAAUUUGCGAUACCAGAGUUGGUUCAAAGAGCGGUUUAACGCAGCAGUUUUUGAAAAUGAGCUCAAGUGGUAUGCAACAGAGCCUAAACAAGGGCAGAUCAACUACACGACACCUGAUCAAAUGCUGGAGUUGCUACGAGCCAACCAAAUCAUUGUUCGAGGCCACAACAUAUUCUGGGAGGACCCCAAGUACACACCAGAAUGGGUUCUCAACCUGACAGAUUCCAUGCUGCAGUCAGCUGUAAACUCCAGAAUAAAGAGCCUCAUGGAGAAAUACAAAGAAGAAUUUAUCCACUGGGAUGUGAGCAAUGAAAUGCUUCAUUUUGAUUUCUACGAGCAAAGGCUUGGACGAAAUGCCACCUUAAGCUUCUUUGAGACAGCGCAUAAAUCAGACCCCUUAGCAACAUUGUUUCUGAACGAAUUUAACGUGGUUGAGACUUGUGAUGACGUUAAUUCCACAGUAGACACCUAUAUCUCAAGGUUAAGAGAACUCAGGCUAGGCGGAGCAACAAUGGAUGGAAUCGGCCUUGAGGGUCACUUUACAGUACCUAAUCUUCCUCUAAUGAGAGCCAUUCUCGAUAAACUUGCUACGCUAGGACUUCCAAUUUGGCUAACAGAAGUUGAUAUUAGCAAAACUCUUACUAAGGAAACACAAGGUCUUUACCUAGAAGAAGUUUUGCGAGAAGGCUUCUCCCAUCCGUCUGUGAAAGGAAUAAUGAUGUGGACAGCACUUCAUCCAUAUGGCUGUUACCAAAUGUGCCUUACUGAUAAUGAAUUUCAUAACCUUCCUGCGGGAGAUGUGGUUGACAAGCUCCUUAGAGAGUGGCAAACAGGGACGUUAGAGGGCCAUACCGAUGGGCAGGGUUCGUUCAGCUUUCAUGGCUUUCUGGGUGAAUACAAGGUAACUGCCAAAUAUGGUGACAAGAGCGUCAACUCAAGCUUCUCGCUCAGCCAAGGAGAUGAGACUCGACACUUUAAUAUCCAAAUAUAACUCUGGAAUACCACUCUGCACUAGUGUAGUGACCAAUACUUUGGCGCUAAUUUUUUUGGCAAAAGCUUCAUGUGUAUGCAAUCGCGCAAUUACAAAACAAUACGCCAACACUUCAA